GUCAUGUGCUCGUUUCAUUCAGUUACCACAUCCUGAACAAAUGAGGAUUUUUUUACCGGUCGGGAGAGGCAGGAACUACAAUUCCCAUGAAACCUCUGGGUACUAGGUAACGCCUGCCAGACGCAACCAGGACUGCAUUUCCUAGCGAGCCUCCCGACGCCGCGUUUGCGUCAACACUGUACGUCCGGAAAUUCGGUCGUUAGAUCAAGCAGCAGUGCAGCAGGCUGCGCAGCAAGUGCAAAGCGGAUGCUAAGUGCGCGACCGGCCCGGUGCAUGGUCUCCAUGGCCACGCGCGCAUGUUUGUCGCGGGGCAGCGCGGGAUCGGCGGCUGGCGGGCCAGUGGAAGCUGCUAUCCGCGCCAAGUUGGAGCGAGCCCUGAGCCCUGAGAUACUGGAGCUCCGCAACGAGAGCGGCGGCCACGCAGUCCCAGCAGGCAGUGAGACGCAUUUCCGCGUGGCGGUGGUGAGCUCUCGUUUCGAGGGGAUGAGCCCCUUGCAACGGCACCGGCUGGUCCACGAGGCAUUAUCGGAGGAGCUGGCUGGGCCCGUACACGCGCUGGCCAUCCAGGCGAAGACCCCCGCCCAGUGGAGAGAAAACCCACAAUUGGACAUUAGCCCCCCCUGCCUAGGUGGAAGCAAGAAAACUCGAGGGACCUCUUAAUACCCGUAUUGGGAGAACAACGAUCCGAAUGAGAAUAAACUACUUUAUCACUACUUACUACCUUA